UUCUCUUUUAGGCUAAAUGAUUGUGGCUUAACAGACAAAAGCUGUCCAGCUCUGGCUUCAGUUCUUGGAUCAGAUACCAAUCUGAAAGAGCUGAACAUGAACCAUAAUUAUCUGCAGGAUUUAGGAGUGAAGCUGCUCUGCACUGGACUUAAGGAUAUAAAUUGCAAACUAGAGAUACUGAGUCUGAAGAACAACUGUAUCACAGAAGGAGGGUGUCAUGUUCUGGCUGCAGCUCUAAAUUCAAACCCUUCAAAUCUGACAGAGCUGGAUCUGAGCAGGAAUCAAAUAGGAGACUCUGGAGUGACAGAAAUUUCCAGUCUGCUGAGAAAUUCACAGACACUACAGAUACUCAGACUUUCAGACUGCAGUAUCACUGAAGAAGGUUAUAAAGCUCUGUCUUCAGCUCUGAGAUCAAACCCUUCACACCUGAUAGAGCUGGAUCUCACAGGAAAUGAUCCUGGAGAAUCAGGAGUGAAGCAGCUCAGUGAUUUACUACAGGAUCCAAACUAUCAACUCAAGACACUGAGGUUUUUGGGUCCUGCUGCAGAUGAAGGCUGUCAGUAUGUGACUGGAAUUGUGGGUAAAAACCCGUUACUCCUGAGAGAGCUGGAUCUGAGUGGACAUAAACUAGGAGACACAGGAGUGAAUCAGAUCUCUGCUCUACUGCAGGAUAAACACUGUACACUCAACACACUGAAUCUGUGUGGAUGCAGUAUUACAGAGAAACAGUGUCUCAUCCUGACUUCAGCUCUGAAAUCAAACCCAUCACACCUGAGAAAACUAAACCUGAGCGGGAAUGAGCUACUAGGAGACUCUGGAGUGAAACACCUCAGUGAUCUACUGAUGAACACACAAUUCAAGCUGGAGAAACUACAUCUGUGUGGAUGCAGUAUUACAGAGAAACAGUGUCUCAUCCUGACUUCAGCUCUGAAAUCAAACCCAUCACACCUGAGAGAACUGGACCUGAGCUGUAAUGAACUACUAGGAGACUCUGGAGUGAAACACCUCAGUGAUCUACUGAUGAACACACAAUUCAAGCUGGAGAAACUAGAUCUGUGUGGAUGCAGAUUUACAGAGAAACAGUGUCUCAUCCUGACUUCAGCUCUGAAAUCAAACCCAUCACACCUGAGAGAACUGAACCUGGGCUGGAAUCAAAUAAAAAACACAGGACUGAAUCACUUAUGUGACGUACUGAAGGAUUCACGCUGUAAACUGGAGAGAUUGAGACUUUCAGACUGCAGUAUCACUGAAGAAGGUUAUAAAGCUCUGUCUUCAGCUCUGAGAUCAAACCCUUCACACCUGAUAGAGCUGGAUCUCACAGGAAAUGAUCCUGGAGAAUCAGGAGUGAAGCAGCUCAGUGAUUUACUACAGGAUCCAAACUAUCAACUCAAGACACUGAGGUUUUUGGGUCCUGCUGCAGAUGAAGGCUGUCAGUAUGUGACUGGAAUUGUGGGUAAAAACCCGUUACUCCUGAGAGAGCUGGAUCUGAGUGGACAUAAACUAGGAGACACAGGAGUGAAUCAGAUCUCUGCUCUACUGCAGGAUAAACACUGUACACUCAACACACUGAAUCUGUGUGGAUGCAGUAUUACAGAGAAACAGUGUCUCAUCCUGACUUCAGCUCUGAAAUCAAACCCAUCACACCUGAGAAAACUAAACCUGAGCGGGAAUGAGCUACUAGGAGACUCUGGAGUGAAACACCUCAGUGAUCUACUGAUGAACACACAAUUCAAGCUGGAGAAACUACAUCUGUGUGGAUGCAGUAUUACAGAGAAACAGUGUCUCAUCCUGACUUCAGCUCUGAAAUCAAACCCAUCACACCUGAGAGAACUGGACCUGAGCUGUAAUGAACUACUAGGAGACUCUGGAGUGAAACACCUCAGUGAUCUACUGAUGAACACACAAUUCAAGCUGGAGAAACUAGAUCUGUGUGGAUGCAGAUUUACAGAGAAACAGUGUCUCAUCCUGACUUCAGCUCUGAAAUCAAACCCAUCACACCUGAGAGAACUGAACCUGGGCUGGAAUCAAAUAAAAAACACAGGACUGAAUCACUUAUGUGACGUACUGAAGGAUUCACGCUGUAAACUGGAGAGAUUGAGUCUUUAUUACUGUGACAUUACAGAUGUUUCUUCUUUAACUCAGUCUUUGACGAACACAAAAGCUCUGCAGUUUCUAAAAGAGCUUGAUCUGAGAUAUAAUAAGAUUGGAGACUCAAAGCAGAAGCUCAUUGAUGUGCUACGAGACUCAAACUGUAAACUGAGUCUCUGAUAGCGAUCCAUCACCGAAAGUCCCAUCAAUCACAAGAAAUACCUCAUUGAGUUCAAUCACCGAAAGCUGAUAAAUGCUGUAUCUCAUAAAGUGAUGUGUUCUUGAGAGGAGCAGUAAACAUCAGCUGAAGAUCCACAGAAGAGCUUCACUACAGUGUCUAUGAGGAGAAAUAAAUGUGUGAUAAAUGUGUAAAUGUGAUCCAUACAGGUGAAGAGACUGAGACUUUACAAUCAAAUAAUGCAGCAUGUGUGUUAGAAACAUGAUAUUGAAUGAUUAAUAUUGCUUUAGUAUUCAAGCAGAUGAUCAUUGUGUUUAAUGUAAAGCUGGAACAGAGGAGGAAGAAGCUCAGAUGAGUCUGUCUGGCUCUUCAGUUUAAUAAUAUUUCUAUUAAACUCAUUCAUAAUGAUUCAAAUGUUUAAAUGUGAUUGUCAAGUGCAGCUCUUAAAUGUGUCAAAAGAUAUAAAGCAAAUCUACAAUGUGUGAAACUUCUCAUGUUUUCGACACAUUAUUAUUCUAUUUUACUUUAUAUUUAGUUGUGUGUCUGUUGUUAAUGUACAUGUAUCCAGUAUAUAGUCUUUGUUCUGUGGAUGGAGUCUCUCCUUCAUCAAAUCAACUAAACAUUUUCACAAGUUAA